AUGUCAUUCUCGAGACGCAUCGAUCCUAUGCACCAGAUCACAAAAAACGGGAGAUAUACUCCAGAGGCCAUAGUAGUUAUUAUAUGCGCUACUAUCUCGCUGUAUAAUGGGAUCGAAUUGCUUGCUCUGAUCUUGACGUCUUCAAAGCGCCGCAAUGACCUCUACUCAUGGAGCCUCGCCGUGGCCUCGUUCGGCGUGUUGCCGUAUGCGACGGGUUGGUUGAUCCGCUAUCUUAACAUCAUUGGAGAUGUUCCAGAUAUGCUCAUCAACGACAUUGGGUGGAUUCUCUUGACUACCGGUCAAGCUCUUGUUCUGUACUCCCGACUCGACCUUCUCGUCAAAAGCACCACCGUCCUGAAGAUAGCGAAAUGGAUGAUAAUUAUUAAUGGUGUUAUCUGGCAUAGCACAGUCACGGUUUUGCUCUUUGCCAUCAGCACGCACCAGAAACUCGAUCACAACGGGGUCUUCUUAAAAGUCCAAAAGGUUCAAUUGACCUUUUUCUGCGUGCAAAACUUUGUUCUAUCUGGGCUUUACCUAUGGAGGACUACCGACAUCAUCAAGAGGAAGGAAACCGAAAUCCAGAUCCCCCGUAUCAUAUGGCAACUCUUCGCCAUCAACGUCAUGAUCGUGGUUAUCGAUAUCUGUUUACUCGCAAUGGGGUUUACCGACAACCUCCUAUGGCAGCAAGGCGUCAAGGCAGUGGCGUACUCAGUGAAACUCAAGGCCGAGUUUGCUGUCCUGGGGCAACUUGGUGAUUAUGUCCACAGAGGAGGAGAGCUGAUCUGUUCUGAGUGUCCCAUGUUUGGGUUUGUGGAAAUGGAACCUGAGCCUCCGCCCAAGACGAAACCACCCCAGCGGACAAUGUCGUCAGAGACGACCCAUAUUGAAAGAGUGAGGCAACAGUCGACUGUUUCUGCUGCAGACUCAUCGCGUGCCCGAGAGGGUAUGUCUCAAGAGAUAGCUAAUGACAAUAAUGGUGUAAAAAAGCGUGUUUUGGAUAAAGGGAAAAGCAAAUGCAAUGAUGGUUGCUGUAACGAGGGCGCUCAGGUUUCAGGAUAA